AUGGCGUGGAAGACCAACCGUCCGCCGCCCAGCUCGGCCAAACCCUUGCUUAAAGGCGUGCUGGCAACCUUCAUCUUGACCUUGCUGUUGACGAGCACCUACAUGUAUCGCGACACGAUCAGCACCAAAGCCUCCCGAAUCAAGUUUACCGACGGCACCGCGACCGAUUACUUCAAGUACCCCUUCAACGCUAGCGACGCCGAUGCGAAUCCGAUCGACUGGCUAAUCCACGACGCGCGGACGAAGCAAGAGGCGAUCCUCCAGAAACGAAGCCGUACUCUUCACAAUGCCGCCCUGCGCUACCGAGAGCGUCGGGGCAGACACCCGCCCCCAGGGUUCCAGGAAUGGUUCCACCACGCCAUGGAGACCGAUGCGAUAGUUGUCGAGGAGUUCUUCGACCGGAUCUAUGACGACCUCAGGCCGUUCUGGGCCCUUGACGCGAAGACGAUUGCGAAGCAAGCCAACGCAGGGGAGCAUGUCGUAAGAGUGCGCAACGGCACAGCGAUGGGCGACGGGAACGCAGAAGAUAAGGAGCCGUGGCUGGAGUUAUGGACGUCGCUGGUGUCCGAGUUUGCAAAACACCUGCCGGACGUGGACAUGCCCAUCAACUACAUGCAGGAACCUCGGAUUCUGGUUCCGUCGAAGGAUAUGGAGAAGUACGUUGCCAAGGAGGGUAAAACGAGAAGCAUGCCUACCAAAAGCAAGGCCACAACCGACUUUCAGAGCUUGGUGAGCGUCGAUGCCGCCCGAGAAAAACCGUACUUUAAGGGAUGGGCAAGCGGCGACCGGCGCAAGUACUGGGACCUUGUUCGAGAGGCCUGUCCUUCGGAUUCUCCAGCCAGAAACGUACCUGCGGCGACGGACCUAUCACUGCCACCAACCUUACCAUACCUGUGGAAAGCACCGUUUGCUCGUCGGGGCUAUGUAUCAAACUUCACUUGGUCCAUGGACCCGUGUGUACAACCUCAUCUACGCUCACUUCACGGCACCUUCGUCGAGCCUCUGAAUGUUAACACGACAAAGGAUCUCAUCCCCCUUUUCGGGGGCUCCAAGCUUCGUGUCAACUCGGACAUCCUCAUUCCAGGCGCCAUGUACCUCUCCGACGAUCCGAGCUACACCGGCGGCAACGUCCGCGGCCCCGCGUGGCCCGAGAAACUCAAUCGCCUCGUAUGGCGAGGCAUCGGGUCCGGAGGUCUCACCCAGUCUGACAAUUGGAUGCACUUUCACCGCCAACGCCUGGUGGAGAUGCUUAACGGCACUACCGUGCGCGGCAUGGAGGCCAACGACGUCCGCGCAAUGACCUUUGACAUGCCCCCACUAGAACGCUACAAUACCCUGCGCCGCCGCGAGAAGCGGCUCGGAGAGUUUCUCUCCGGGUUUACGGACGUGGGCUUCACACAUCUGCAGUGCGGGCCAAGCCACGAUCGGCGCAAGGAAUGUGACUGGCUCGCGCCGCAUCUAUCGGUGGUCAAUGCCACGCCCAUGGCGGAGCAGUUCUCGAGCAAGUUCCUUCCAGACGCGGACGGCUACAGCUUCAGCGGGCGGUUCAGGGCGUUCCUGAUGUCGACGAGCGUGCCGCUCAAGGCGACGGUGUACGCCGAGUGGCACGAUGACCGCCUCACGCCGUGGUUGCACUUUGUGCCGCUGGACAACACCUUCCAGGACCUCUACGGUGUAUUGGACUUCUUCACCGACGGCGAUGACGAGCCUCAGGGGUCGUGGGGCGUCCACAAGGUGCUGGGGAAGAAGAGCAAGGGCGACGACGCGGCGAGGUGGAUUGCCGAGCAGGGCAAGGAGUGGGCGGAGAAGGCACUGCGCCGUGAGGAUAUGAGGCUGUACGUCUGGAGGUUGCUGUUAGAGUUUGCGAGACUCUGCGAUGAACGUCGAGAUACGCUUGGCUACGUGGAUGAUCUUCCUUGA